AUGCUGCAGGCUCGCGUACCACUUGCCGGCCUCCAACGGUCCUGCAAAUGCCUUACAACGCUCGCCUACCGGCCGUUUUCCUCUAGCACCCUGAAGAGACAAGAGUCAGCCACAGACGCAACGGUCGAAGAAGACCUCUCCUUGGCUCCGCCUCCGAUCCGCGAGAAGGGAGCCAUCCAGCUACGGACAUAUACUCCCCGUACACCUGGUCUCAGACAUUUGCGGCGGCCGAUAAACGACCAUCUGUGGAAAGGAAGGCCGGUCAAGGAGUUGACGUUCCCCAAAAAGGGCCAUGGAAAGGGUGGACGAAACUAUACCGGACGAGUGACCGUCCGCCAUCGAGGAGGUGGUCACAAGCGAAGAAUACGUAUUGUCGACUUUGAGCGGAACGAGCCUGGCCCUCAUGUCGUGGAGAGGAUCGAGCACGAUCCCGGUCGGACAGCGCACAUUGCCCUGCUGAAAUCCAAACUUACCAAGAAACGGAGCUAUAUUCUUGCACCCGAGGGGAUGAGGGAGGGAGAUGUCGUGCAGAGUUAUCGUGCAGGUAUCCCAGAUGACCUGUGGGAGGCCAUGGGCGGCUGUAUCGAUCCUGGUGUGUUGGCGGCCAAGACCGCACGGCGAGGGAACUGCCUGCCCCUACACAUGGUUCCUGUCGGCUCAAUGAUCUUUAAUAUUGGUCUACACAAGGGGAAAGGCGGUCAACUCUGCCGUGGUGCUGGAACAUACGGUAUCCUAAUGACGAAGGCCGGAGAGGCACCACCCCCGUGGGAUGAAGUCAAGCCCAAGGAUGAAGAUGCCAAGGUAGAAUCGAAAGACGGAGAGGCCAAAAGCGAAGAGGCCAAAGAUGCUCAACUUGACGCUGAAGUUGAGGCUGAGAUAACGAGCAAGACCGGCGAGAAGACGGUCCUUUCAGAAUUAGAGUGGAGGAGGCUGAAGAAGCUGUCUGAGCACGUCUCCGUCCGCCUGCAGAGCGGUGAGGUCCGCCUGAUCCACAAGGACUGCCCUGCAACUAUCGGCGUCGCCAGCAACGUCAACAAGAAGUACGCUCAGCUCGGUAAGGCUGGUCGAAAGCGCUGGCUGAACAUCCGUCCAACCGUUCGCGGUGUUGCCAUGAACGCAAAGGACCAUCCUCAUGGUGGUGGUAGAGGAAAGUCCAAGGGUGGUGUCCAUCCUAAGAGUCCAUGGGGUCUACCGGAAUACAGGCCAAAUCUGGAUACAAGACAAGACUGA